GAGACUAACGUGCGAUACUUUGCGCUUUGAAACACGUGUGUUAAAAACCCUCUAGUCAUUUUGUGUGAAUUAAACAAAAAGCAGUAAAGAAAAUGCCGGAAGAAAUGGAGACACAGCCAGCGGAGGUUGAAACCUUCGCGUUCCAGGCUGAGAUCGCUCAGCUUAUGUCCCUGAUCAUCAACACCUUUUACUCCAACAAAGAAAUUUUCCUUCGUGAGCUGAUUUCCAAUUCAUCGGACGCUUUAGACAAAAUCAGGUAUGAAUCUCUCACGGAUCCGUCAAAACUCGAUAGUGGCAAAGAGCUGUACAUCAAGAUCAUUCCCAACAAGAACGAGGGCACUCUUACGAUCAUCGAUACCGGUAUUGGUAUGACCAAGGCCGAUUUGGUGAACAAUUUGGGAACCAUCGCGAAAUCUGGUACUAAAGCUUUCAUGGAGGCUCUUCAAGCAGGUGCCGACAUCAGCAUGAUUGGACAGUUCGGUGUUGGCUUCUACUCCAGUUACUUGGUCGCUGACCGCGUGACUGUUCACUCUAAACACAAUGACGACGAGCAAUACGUGUGGGAAUCUUCUGCAGGAGGCUCGUUCACAGUCCGCCCAGACAGCGGUGAGCCCCUUGGUCGAGGUACAAAGAUCGUCCUUCACGUCAAAGAGGACUUGGCAGAAUUCAUGGAAGAACACAAAAUCAAAGAGAUCGUAAAGAAACAUUCCCAGUUCAUCGGCUACCCAAUCAAGCUGAUGGUUGAAAAAGAACGCGAAAAAGAACUGUCUGAUGAUGAAGCCGAAGAAGAAAAGAAGGAAGAGGAAGAUGAGAAGCCUAAGAUUGAAGAUGUAGGUGAGGAUGAAGACGAGGACAAAAAAGAUACGAAGAAGAAGAAGAAAACAAUUAAAGAAAAAUACACAGAGGAUGAAGAACUCAACAAGACAAAGCCUAUCUGGACCAGAAACGCUGAUGACAUUACCCAAGAUGAGUAUGGAGACUUCUACAAAUCCCUUACCAAUGAUUGGGAGGACCAUCUUGCAGUCAAACACUUCUCCGUUGAAGGUCAGUUAGAGUUCCGUGCACUACUUUUUGUGCCACGUCGUGCACCUUUUGACUUGUUUGAAAACAAGAAGCGCAAGAACAAUAUCAAGCUGUAUGUACGAAGAGUUUUCAUCAUGGACAACUGUGAGGAUCUCAUCCCAGAGUACCUUAACUUCAUUAGAGGUGUUGUCGACAGUGAGGACCUUCCUCUAAACAUUUCACGUGAGAUGCUUCAACAGAAUAAAAUUCUGAAAGUAAUUAGGAAGAAUUUAGUUAAAAAAUGCCUAGAACUAUUUGAAGAAUUGGCAGAGGACAAAGAAAACUACAAGAAGUAUUAUGAACAAUUCAGCAAGAACUUAAAAUUGGGUAUCCAUGAAGACUCUCAAAACAGGGCUAAGCUCUCUGAGCUUCUGCGGUACCACACUUCGGCAUCGGGUGAUGAAGCCUGCUCUCUGAAAGAGUAUGUAUCCAGGAUGAAGGAGAAUCAGAAACAUAUCUACUACAUCACUGGAGAAAACAGAGACCAGGUGGCGAACUCCUCAUUUGUGGAGAGAGUGAAGAAACGUGGCUAUGAAGUAGUCUACAUGACUGAGCCCAUUGAUGAAUAUGUAGUACAACAGAUGAGGGAGUAUGAUGGCAAGACCCUUGUAUCGGUCACAAAGGAAGGAUUAGAACUUCCUGAAGAUGAGGAAGAAAAGAAGAAACGUGAGGAAGAUAAGGUGAAGUUCGAAGGGCUGUGCAAGGUGAUGAAGAACAUCCUGGACAACAAAGUUGAGAAAGUUGUUGUCUCUAACAGACUUGUGGAGUCUCCUUGCUGUAUUGUUACUGCUCAAUAUGGAUGGUCUGCCAACAUGGAACGUAUCAUGAAGGCUCAGGCUCUACGUGACACAUCCACAAUGGGAUACAUGGCUGCGAAGAAGCAUUUGGAAAUCAAUCCUGAUCACUCGAUUGUGGAAACAUUAAGGCAGAAAGCGGAAGCCGACAAGAAUGACAAAGCUGUUAAGGAUCUUGUUAUCUUAUUGUAUGAAACUGCCCUGCUGUCUUCUGGCUUCACGCUUGAUGAGCCCCAAGUCCAUGCUUCCCGUAUCUAUAGAAUGAUCAAACUGGGUCUUGGUAUUGAUGAAGAUGAGCCGAUUCAGGUUGAAGAGCCUGCUUCUGGAGAUGUGCCGCCAUUGGAGGGUGAUGCCGAUGAUGCAUCUCGCAUGGAGGAGGUUGAUUAAGAUCUCUACUUUAACUGUAGGAACCAUGUCAUAAUGGUUUGUUUUUGUGCAUCGGUGUACAGCCAAAGACUGAUUUAGUUCAAAAAUUCCAUUAUUUUAAUAAAUAAUCAAAAUGAUUUUCUGUUGAUUUUUUUUUAAAGUAACUUCAUAAUUGUGCCAGAAUACUUACAAUAUUGUAUCUUUAUAAAUGUUUUGUUACUGUUCGUAAUGUAGGCAACCUUUGAAAAUGUUCUUAGUGCAGUAUUACACAUUAGUAAAUAGCUAAAGGUGAACUCUGAAUGUAUCAAUAAAACUCCACUUAUAUGUGAAAA